CACAGUCAAGACUGAAAACACUUGCUAUGAUCACAUGACCCAAUGUCACACACACACACACACACACACACACACACACACACAGAGAGGCAGUAACAACAGAUGUAGUAAAUGCAGACUUAGUAACAACAGAUGUAGUAACAAUAGACGUAAUAACAAAAGACAUGGUAACAGCAGAAGCAGUAACAAGACAAGUAUUAACAGCAUACAUAGUAACAACAGACAUAGUAACAACAGAAGUAGUAACAGCAGACAUAGUAACAGCAGAAGUAGUACCAACAGACGUAGUAACAACAGAAGUAGUAACAACAGAAGUAGUAACAGCAGAAGUAGUAACUACAGACGUAGUAACAACAGACGUAGUAACAGCAGAUGUAGUAACAGCAGACGCAGUAACAACAGAAGUAGUAACAACAGACGUAGUAACAGCAGAAGUAGUAACAACAGAUGUAGUAACAACAGAAGUAGUAACAAUAGACGUAGUAACAGCAGAAGUAGUAACACCAGACGUAGUUACAGCACAAGUAGUAACAACAGACGUAGUAACACCAGACGUAGUAACAGCAGAAGUAAUAACAACAGGCGUAGUAACAGCAGAAGUAGUAACAACAGACGUAGUAACAGCAGACAUGGUAACAGCAGAAGUAGUAACAACAGAAGUAGUAAAAGCAGAAGUAGUAACAACAGAUGUAGUAACAACAGAAGUAGUAACAGCAGAAGUAGUAACAACAGAUGUAGUAACAACAGACAUAGUUACAGCAGAAGUAGUAACAACAGAUGUAGUAACAGCAGACAUAGUAACAACAGAAGUAGUAACAACAGAAGCAGUAACAGCAGAUGUAGUAACAACAGACGUAGUAACAGCAGAAGUAGUAACAACAGAUGUAGUAACAACAGACAUAGUAACAACAGAAGUAGUAACAACAGAAGCAGUAACAGCAGAUGUAGUAACAACAGACGUAGUAACAGCAGAAGUAGUAACAACAGAUGUAGUAACAACAGACAUAGUAACAACAGAAGUAGUAACAACAGAAGCAGUAACAGCAGAUGUAGUAACAACAGACGUAGUAACAGCAGACAUAGUAACAACAGAUGUAGUAACAACAGACAUAGUAACAACAGAAGUAGUAACAACAGAAGCAGUAACAGCAGAUGUAGUAACAACAGACGUAGUAACAGCAGAAGUAGUAACAACAGAUGUAGUAACAGCAGACAUAGUAACAACAGAUGUAGUAACAGCAGAAGUAGUAAAAGCAGAUGUAGUAACAACAGAUGUAGUAACAACAGACAUAGCAAAAGCAGACGUAGUAACAACAGAAGCAGUAACAACAGAUGUAGUAACAACAGACGUAGUAAAAGCAGACGCAGUAACAACAGACGUAGUAACAACAGACAUAGUAACAACAGAUGUAGUAACAACAGAAGUAGUAACAACAGAUGUAGUAACAACAGAAGUAGUAACAACAGAUGUAGUAACAACAGACAUAGUAACAACAGAUGUAGCAACAGCAGACAUAGUAAAAGCAGACGUAAUAACAACAGACGUAGUAACAACAGAUGUAGUAACAGCAGAUGUAGUAAAAGCAGACGUAGUAACAACAGACAUAGUAAAAGCAGACGUAGUAACAGCAGAAGUAGUAACAACAGAUAUAGUAACAACAGACGUAGUACCAAUAGAAGUAGUAACAACAGACGUAGUAACAGCAGACGUAGUAACAGCCGACAUAGUAACAACAGAAGUAGUAACAACAGACGUAGUAACAACAGAUGUAGUAACAGCAGACGUAGUAAAAGCAGACGUAGUAACAACAGAAGUAGUAACAACAGACGUAGUAAAAACAGACGUAGUAACAGCCGAAGUAGUAACAACAGACGUAGUAAUAACAGAAGUAGUAACAACAGACGUAGCAAAAGCAGACGUAGUAACAACAGAAGUAGUAACAACAGAUGUAGUAACAACAGACGUAGUAACAACAGAUGUAGUAACAACAGACGUAGUAAAAGCAGACGUAGUAACAGCAGAAGUAGUAACAACAGAAGUAGUAACAACAGAUGUGGUAACAACAGCUGACGUAAAAAAAAAACCUGGAGUAAAAAGUUCAUUCAUUCAUUCAUUCAUCUUCUAACCGCUUCAUCCUCUUGAGGGUCGCGGGGGGGUGGAGCCUAUCCCAGCUACAUCGGGCGAGAGGCAGGGUUCACCCUGGACAGGUCACCAGACUAUCACAGGGCUGACACAUAGAGACAGACAACCAUUCACACUCACAUUCACACCUACGGACAAUUUAGAGUCACCAAUUAACCUGCAUGUCUUUGGACUGUGGGAGGAAGCUGGAGUGCCCGGAGAGAACCCACGCUGACACGGGAAGAACAUGCAAACUCCGCACAGAAGGGCUCCCCCACCCGGGAU